AUGCAGCCAUUUGCUUCAUCCACCUGGGCGCGCUUUCUUCCAAAGGCUGUCCGGGCAACCAGACACGGGCGCCGAAAUUAUCACGUCGCUGUCGUUGGAAGUGGCCCAGCAGGAUUCUACACCUCAAAGUAUCUUUUCAAAAAGGCUGGUGACAAGGUGAAGAUCGACAUGUUUGAACGUUUGCCAACACCUUUUGGCCUUGUGCGCUUCGGUGUGGCUCCGGAUCAUCCUGAGGUCAAAAAUGUCAUCAAUGAUUUUGGUGCCGUUGCUGAGAUGAAAAACUUCAAGUACUAUGGCAAUGUGGAAGUUGGUACACAGCCAUCCUUGGAAGCUUUGAGAAAGACAUAUGAUGCAGUGGUGUUAUGCACUGGUGCCAGCGGUGAAAGGAUUCUAGGAAUCCCAGGAGAAGAUUCUUUGGGAGUUCUAGGCGCCCCAGCAUUUGUGAAGUGGUACAAUGGACAUCCAGACUACAAAGAUCUGCAGCUCCCAAAGUCUGCAGGUGAAUCUGCCGUGGUUUUGGGUCAAGGAAAUGUUGCUUUGGAUGUAGCUCGGUUACUUGUUCGUUCACCAAAAGAGCUCGAUGCCACGGACAUGGAACGUGACGCAGUGAAUGCAAUCGCGGCAUGGCAACAAGCAGGUUUGCGAACAGUUCACAUCGUCGGCCGUCGUGGUUUUGUUCAAGCAGCUUUUACCAAUGCUGAGCUUCGUGAACUUUUGACAUGUUCGGAAGAUGUUCUGCCCGUGGUGGACCCAGAUGAACUGGCGCUGUGUCGCAAUGCAGCGUCAGAAGAAGAGCUCUCCAAGAGCCGAAUGAAGAAAAGAUCCGUGGAUAUUUUAGAGAAGAUGGCAGCAAAUUUCGCAGAUGUUGAAAAGACCAGCAAACGUGUUCUCCGUCUUCAUUUCUUGCGAUCACCUCAGGAGGUCUUGUCAGAAGGUGGUGUCGUCACAGGAAUUCGCUUAGCUCGGAUGCAGCUUCAAGGUGAAGCGGGACGACAAGUCGCGGCUCCAUCCUCUGAUGCUGCUCUGGAUAUUUCAUGUGGCUUGGUUGUGCGAAGUGUCGGCUUUGACAUUUUGCCCUUCCAAGGACUGCCUUUGAAGUCGAAUAGAGUGCCACACACGCAGGGUUGUGUGGAACAAUCUUCCGAUGACCUGGGUGGUCUUUACGUGUCUGGAUGGCUGAAAAGGGGUCCUCAAGGCAUCAUCGCCUCCAACAUUGGUGACGCUCAAGAGACAGCUGCGAAGCUGUGGAGCGAUUUGCAGAGUCAGAAUGCCAAAGCUACAGCUGAGAGUUUCGUGACCUCCUUGCAAUCAACAACUGCAGUGGUCGGCUUUCAGGACUGGAAACGCCUAGAGGCGGAGGAACUUCGUUGUGGCCAAGAGAUGGGCAAGGCAGCUGCCAAGUUCACCAAGGGUUGCUGCGAGGGCGUAGUCUUCAAGGCGCAGACUGAGGGCUGCUGCCAAGGUCGCAUCUACACCAAAGCCGUACAAAGCUGCUGUGGAGGUCAAACCCUCUACGACAGUGAGACGCAUGGAUGCUGCCUUGAGAAGGGUCCGCAGGUGUACCCUUAUGGCAGCUACAAUUGCUGCCGACGGCCCAAAGGCAUCUGUCGUAUCCGUCCUGGCAAAGCGAGUUGCUGCAGCUGA